GAGAAUCGAUCUCCGAUGACAACAUUCUUACCCUCCCAUGGCGACACCGUGGCGCCAUCCUCGCUUCCCCGCCCUUCCCCGCUCGACCCGGUUCCCCAUGUCGUCAUCGUCGUCAUCGUCGUCGUCAUCCCAACCCCUCCUCCUCCUCAAAUCCCCCUCCCCUCCACCUCCCCUUCCCCUCAAACCCCAAUCUCCAACCCCUCUCCGUCGCCAUGGGAUCCCUCCCCGACCUCCUCCCUCCCCUCCGAUACCCCUCGGCGCGCCGCGACGACUCCGUCGUUGACGACUACCACGGCGUCCUCGUCCCCGACCCCUAUCGAUGGUUGGAGGAUCCCGACGCGGAGGAGGUGAAGGAGUUCGUGGAGAUGCAGGUGGAGUUGACGGAUUCGGUGCUCGCGCAGUGCGGGGAGAGGGAGAGGCUUCGGCGCCGGAUAACGGAGCUAUACGACCAUCCCCGUUACGGGACCCCCUUCAAGCGUGGGAGUAAGUACUUCUACUUCCAUAACUCCGGUCUCCAGGCGCAGAGUGUACUCUACGUUCAGAAUGAAUUGGAAGGAAAAGCUGAGGUUUUGUUGGAUCCGAACACUCUUAGCGAGGAUGGGACGGUGGCUCUCACCAUGCUUGCAGUCAGAGAGGAUGGAAAGUAUUUGGCAUAUGGGCUUAGUGAGAAUGGGAGUGAUUGGGUCACGAUUAAGGUUAUGUCUAUCGAGGAUAAGCAAUGCCAACCCGACACCUUAUCAUGGGUAAAGUUCUCAACAAUUAGUUGGACACACGAUGGAAAGGGAUUUUUCUAUAGUCGGUAUCCAGCUCCCAAGGAAAGGGUUGGGUUGGAUGUCGGCACCAAGACAAAUAUCAAUCUGAAUCAAGAGCUCUACUACCAUUUCUUGGGAACUGAUCAGUUAGAAGAUAUAUUAUGCUGGAAAGAUCCUGAGCAUCCAAAGUACAAAUUUGGAGUUUAUGUCACGGAAGAUGGGAAGUAUGUUCUAUUGUAUAUCUCCGAGGACUGUGACCCGGUCAAUAAAUUAUACUACUUUGACUUGUCUUUGCUUCCUCAUGGACUUGAACAUUUGUUACAUUUCAAAGGGGUCAGUGAAACGCUUCCUUUCGUCAAGCUUGUCGAUAAUUUUGAAGCCCAAUAUGCAGCCGUGGCUAAUGAUGAUAGUGAGUUUACCUUCAUUACAAACAAAGGAGCUCCAAGAUAUAAGUUAGUGCGGGUCGACCUUAAGGAGCCACAGCUGUGGACUGAAGUUCUCCCAGAAGAUGAAAAGGCAGUUCUCAAGUCAGCUGAAGCUGUAAAUGGUAACCAACUAUUGGUGAGUUACUUAUUGGAUGUCAAAUAUGUCUUGCAAAUAAGGGAUCUACGAACAGGACAGUUGCUGCAUAAUCUACCCGUAGACAUUGGGAGUAUCUGUGGGAUUUCUGGUAGACGUGAAAACUCCGAGGUGUUUUUUAGCUUCACUAGCUUCCUUACCCCGGGCAUCAUCUACAGGUGCAACUUAGCAACCGAAGUUCCAGAAAUGAAAAUAUUUCGAGAAGCUACUGUUCCUGGAUUUGAUCGCAUUGCUUUUGAAGUUAAACAACACUUUUUCUCUAGUAAGGAUGGAACAAAGAUUCCUAUGUUCAUUGUCUCCAAGAAAAAUAUUGAACUUGAUGGAUCACAUCCGACUUUAGUAUAUGGCUAUGGAGGAUUUAGUUGUAGCCUUACACCUUACUUUAGUGUGAGCCGAAUAGUACUUAUUAGGAGCUUAGGCGUUGUAUUCUGCACUGCAAAUAUUCGUGGUGGUGGGGAAUAUGGAGAAGAAUGGCACAAAUCUGGAUCCCUUGCUAAGAAACAAAACUGUUUUGAUGACUUCAUUGCCGCUGCUGAAUUCCUUAUUUCCACUGGUUAUACCAAUCCUAAGAGUUUAUGUAUUGAGGGUGGAAGCAAUGGUGGGCUUCUAGUUGCUGCUUGCAUAAAUCAGCGCCCUGAUCUUUUUGGAUGUGCUCUUGCCCAUGUUGGUGUCAUGGACAUGCUUCGAUUCCACAAGUUCACCAUAGGUCAUGCAUGGACUUCUGAUUAUGGUUGUUCAGACAAUGAGGAAGAAUUUCAAUGGCUUAUCAAAUACUCUCCACUUCACAAUGUAAAAAGACCGUGGGAGAGAAGUGCUGAACAACACUGCCAAUACCCUUCGACCAUGCUGUUGACAGCUGAUCAUGAUGACCGUGUUGUGCCAUUACACUCGCUGAAGUUACUAGCGACCAUGCAGUAUCUAUUAUGCACAAGCUUGGAGAGCAAGCCACAGACCAACCCAAUCAUUGCCCGCAUAGAACGCAAGGCUGGACAUGGAUUUGGCUGCCCUACACAGAAACUGAUCGAUGAAGCUGCUGAUCGAUAUAGCUUCAUGGCUAAGAUGCUAGGGGUUUCGUGGAUUGAUUGAGCUUAUAGUUCGAUAGUGUGGAGUGAAGAUGACGGUCACUGAUUACAGAAUUUUUGGUCUCACAAUGAGUUUAUGAUUCGUGUGUGAAAUGUCAUGUGGGUAGCUGACAUGAUGUAACUUAUUUGCUGUCUAAAUAACGAGUUUUGGGUGGUAAAGUCUUAACUCAGCCAUUACAUCAGCACAGGAAAUGGAAGCGCGAUCUUGGUGCAAGUAAUAUUCUUAUUGAAUCCUUGAGCAGCAAAUCAUACAAAAUCCUUCUGUAUCUGGUUUAAAUGCUUUGUUUUUGAAAAUUGGAAGCAAAACAAAUUGUUCCCUAAGCUGUUUCUCAUUUUGAAUUACUUUAGUUGUAACAGUACUUGUCAGGCAUUGAAAUGUGCUUGUAAUAAUCUUGUGUAAUUUGUUAUAACAAGUUACUUAAGCCUAUCAUCUUUUUGUACCGAUGA